CUGCACCUUCUCAUUUAGAAGCUUUCAGCUUUCUUCUAGUUCUUUCGAUCUCGCUGAGACGAUGACCAAAACGUUGGGUCCACUCGCAGUGGGGAGAGUGAUAGGAGAUGUGUUGGAUUCCUUCGUCCCUGAAAUGAAGCUGGAGGUUGCUUACGGUCAUAACAAGCAAGUCUACAAUGGCCAUGAGCUCAUGCCUUCUGCGGUGUGUGGAAGACCGCGGGUUGAGAUCGGUGGCGAUGACAUGAGGAGCUUUUAUACGCUUGUUUUGACAGACCCAGACGCUCCGAGCCCCAGUGACCCUCACUCGCGAGAACACCUCCACUGGAUUGUUACUGACAUUCCCGGCACGACUAAUGCAUCGUUUGGUAGAGAGAUAGUUAGCUACGAGGCACCGAAGCCUUCCAUCGGCAUCCACAGGUACGUGUUCGUCCUCUUCAAGCAGAAAGGGAGGCGAACGGUGUGCGUGCCGGCUUCGAGAGACCACUUCAACACGCGAAGCUUCUCCGAGGAAAGCGGCCUCGGACUGCCUGUGGCUGCGGUCUACUUCAACGCACAAAGAGAAACAGCUGCAAGAAGAAGAUGAAUCGUGAUUGUGAUGAUCAGCCACGAGUUUCAUCUAUGGAAGCGUCCUUACCAUGAAGAAAUGAGCAAGAAAAUUAUAUGUAACAUUAUUAUCUUAGUGGUAAGUUUGUUUGAAUAAGUAUGUCCAAUGCUUGUUAAAUCAGACAAUUAUAGCUAAUAAAGAACUUAUCAAGAUUCUG